UGCAGUGGCUGAUGAAGGCGUUCUGAGCUCUCAAGUUACGCACGCUAAGUUGGGAGCAGAGGCGCGCGCUGGAAAUAUUUUUCCUGGUGACUUACCAAAAACGUUAAAGGAACUGUUACGUUGCGCACAUAUAGAUACAGCAGGUGAUAUCUACAACAGUCUGUUAAUUUAAUUUAGGUGGUAAUAUAUUCCUCUACCGCUCAGAGAAAGAAGGCGCGCCACAGGAGCGCGUUUUGGGCAUUCGUUAAAAUAUCAGGCAUAAGCCUAACAUUAUGAAGUACAGCCAUGGCAGGCAAGGAUAAGACAGCUGCGAGGACGCUGGAGGAUUUAACGCUCGAUUCCGGUUAUGGUGGAGCGGCGGAUUCCUUCAGGUCGUCCAGCGUGUCACUCUGUUGUUCGGACACGCAUCUGUCGUAUGCGCAUGGGGGCAACUGCUGGCAUCUAACCGAAUCCAUGCACAGCAGACAGAACAGUUUGGACACGGUCAACACCGUCCUGGCGGAAGACACGGAGAUCCUGGAGUGCUCGGGCCAGUGCGCCAAACUGCCCGAGCUGGAGGAGGACGUGCCGUGGAGUCUCGGCGAGGUGGAAGGCGCGCUGCGCAAAGACGAGGAACUGUGCGUGGGGAACGCGUCGCGGGAGAUCCUGGCCAAGCUGUCCGCUUUGAUCAGCCGUGCGCUGGUGAGGGUCGCCAGGGAGGCUCAGCGCUUGAGUCUGCGCUACGCCAGAUGCACCAAGCACGAGAUCCAGAGCGCCAUCAAGAUGGUCCUCUCGUGGACCAUCUCCGUGAACUGCAUCACUGCGGCGCUCAGCGCGCUGUCACUUUACAACAUGAGCACGGGCGAUAAGUUCAGCCGGGGGAAGUCUGCCCGCUGCGGACUCGUCUUCUCCGUGGGGAAGUUCUUCACGUGGAUGGUUGAUAGCCGGGUGGCUCUGCGCAUCCACGAGCAUGCGGCGAUUUACCUGAGCGCAUGUAUGGAGAACCUCUUUAGAGAGGUGUUCAGCCGAGUGCAGAGGAGCGCGCUGGUCGAAAAGGAGAACGGAGUUCCAAAGUUUACCGUGGAGUCCCUGGAACAGGCCAUUAAUAAUGACUCGGAGCUAUGGGGUCUUUUGCAGCCGUACCAGCACCUCAUUUGUGGCAAGAAUGCAAGCGGUAUAUUGAGUCUGCCGGACAGUCUGAACCUGCACCGUGACCAGCAGCGAUCAGGGAAAACCGGGGAGGGUCAUGCCUACAGCCAGGCAGAACUCCGCACCAUUGAACAGUCCCUCCUGGCGACUCGAGUGGGGAGCAUUGCAGAGCUCAGUGACCUGGUGUGUCGUGCCAUGCAUCACCUUCAGCCUCUGCACAUCAAGAACCCCAGCAAUGGAACGCCAGUGCAUCAGAACCACACUGGAACAGUGCACUGGGAACCCGAAGCCCUCUACACACUCUGCUAUUUCAUGCACUGCCCACAGAUGGAGUGGGAAAACCCUAAUGUAGAACCCUCAAAAAUUACCUUACAUACUGAGAGGCCAUUCCUGGUACUGCCUCCUCUGAUGGAAUGGAUCAGAGUGGCAGUGGCACACACAGAACACCGCCGCAGCUUCUCGGUAGAUAGCGACGAUGUGCGACAGGCGGCCAGACUGCUGUUACCCAGGGUGGACUGUGAGCCAAGGCAGCUGAAAGCGGAUGAUUGUUUCUGUGCCACACGGAAGCUGGACGCUGCCUCUACAGAAGCUAAAUUCCUGCAGGACCUGGGCUUCCGGAUGCUCAACUGUGGACGAACUGACCUGGUUAAACAAGCAGUCAACCUGCUCGGCCCAGAUGGCAUUAACAGUAUGAGUGAACAGGGCAUGACCCCUCUCAUGUAUGCGUGCGUACGUGGGGACGAGGCCAUGGUGCAAAUGCUGCUGGAUGCUGGAGCAGACAUUAACAGCGAGGUGCCCAGCUCACUACACAAGCACCCCUCAGUUUAUCCCGACACCAGGCAGGGGACGCCACUCACAUUCGCCGUGUCUCACGGACACGUCCCUGUCGUUCAGCUUCUUCUCGAUGCUCGAGCAAAUGUAGAGGGAGGGAUUCAGGAUGGCAUGGAGAAUUACACAGAGACUCCAUUACAGCUGGCAUCUGCGGCAGGCAACUUUGAACUGGUCAGUCUGCUUUUGGAAAGAGGAGCAGACCCAUUGAUUGGCACCACUUACCGUAAUGGGAUUUCCUCUGGCCCGCUGGGCGAAAUGAACUCGUACAGCUUGGCAGCAGCACACGGACACAGGAACGUGUUCCGGAAGCUUCUGUCUCAAGUGGAAAAGGACAAGGGGGACGUGCUGUCACUGGAAGAGAUCCUAGCCGAAGGCUCUGAGCCAGGAGAGAGGAGAGUGCCACAGACAGAGGCCACCCUCCGGACGGGCAAGGCCAAACUAAGGGCCCUCCGCGAGGCCAUGUACCACAGUGCCGAGCACAGCCAUGUGGACAUUACCAUAGACAUCCGCAGCCUGGGCGUGCCCUGGACCCUGCACACAUGGCUCGAGUCUCUGCGUACGUGCUUUGUGCAGCAGCGCCGACCUCUGAUCCAGGGCCUGCUGAAGGACUUCAGCUGCAUUAAAGAAGACGAGUACACAGAGGAACUCAUCACACAUGGACUGCCACUCAUGUUCCAGAUCCUCAGAGCCAGCAAGAACGAAGUGAUCAGCCAGCAGCUGUCGGUGAUCUUUACCCAGUGCUACGGGCCUUUCCCAAUCCCCAAAUUAACAGAGAUUAAAAAGAAGCAAACAUCUCGUCUGGAUCCCCACUUUCUCAAUAAUAAAGAGAUGUCUGAUGUGACAUUUCUGGUGGAAGGAAAACCCUUUUAUGCCCAUAAAGUGCUGCUCUUCACUUCCUCACAAAGGUUUAAGUCUCUGCUUUCUAACAGACCAGCAGCUGAAAACACAUGCAUCGAGAUCAGUCAUGUCAAGUACAACAUUUUUCAGCUGGUAAUGCAGUACCUCUACUGUGGUGGCACCGAGUCUCUGCACAUCAGGAACACUGAAAUAAUGGAGCUCUUGUCUGCAGCCAAGUUCUUCCAGCUUGAGGCUCUCCAAAGACACUGUGAAAUAAUCUGCUCCAAGAACAUCACUACCGACACCUGUGUGGACAUAUACAAACAUGCUAAGUUCCUUGGAGCCUUGGAGCUGGCAGCCUUUAUCGAGGGCUAUUUCCUGAAGAACAUGGUGCUCCUGAUCGAGCUGGAAAACUUUAAGCACCUUCUAUACGAGGUUCCUGCAGAGAGCCCUGGUCCAGGACCGGCUUAUGACGUCCUUCAUGAUCUCGAGAGAACCCUGGCCUUGCGGAUCCGCUCCAUCCAUCUCUCUGCCUCCAAGGGCUCCAUUGUUUGACACUUUCACCAAAUUCAUGCAAGAUCACACCAACUCUUACUUACUGUGCUUUCAUUGAGAAACCCAUAAUUGUGUACCACUAUCUAAAAACUGGUUGGAGACAUUUAAAACGUCAUAGCCAACACGAUUAGCGCCUGCCUAAUGGGAUGUAUGUAGGACCAAGAGAUUUCUUUUUAUUCCACAGGCUAACAUCUCCACAACGUUGCAGAAACGUCAGCCUGCUGAACUCAUACCAUUCCAAGGGCUACAUUAUGGGACAUUCUCUAAACAUCCUAGCAACAUUGUGACAAGCUAAUCACACCUGACCAAAUGAUGUCGUCACUGCCUCGGUCAUGCUUGCCGAUGGGUCUGCUUCAUUGUUAGGUGGACACUGUCUAUUGUAAAUGGUUGUCAUGCUACCCGCUGUGCACUGAGCUUUACUGUGGACAUAUUUUUUAGAAACAUGGUAAUAUAACUCUCCGUUCUGAUUUACAUAGUAUUGUUAGCCUGCCUUUUGAAUCCUGAAUUUGUGUAACCUUAUCUCCAAGUGACAAAUUUCUUGAGGCAAAUAAUGCAUGUUGUUAUAAACUGCCAUUACAUUUGCUAAGCCAUUUGUGUUAUAGUUGGACAAAACUCCUUGGGAAACAUCCUUUAGGUGUAGAGUUUUAAAUCAAGGUUUUAUAUACUUAAUAUUGACAUCCAGCUACUACAAUUUUUGGUAUCUAUGUGAACAACAAUACGCCAGCUAUUUAAAUUCAAGCACUUGUGUUUGAUCUAAAUGCUUUGCGAUUUUAUGAAGUAGUGAUUUGCUAACAAUCAAAGUGGCACAUGCAGGAUACAUCUACAGUUGUCUUUUGUACACUGAUCCAACACAAAUUACCCAAACAAUGGUAGACUUUUUUUUUUUAGUUGAGAUUUUUCAUUAUCUCCUUGUUCUCCACCAUUGCAUUAGUUUUGAGCUAAGUGUCCCCAUUUGUUUCAGCCCACCAGUUUUAUUGGUCCUCAAAACUACCACUGUAUUACACACAAAACUGAGCAGUUCAUUCUUGCCUUGAGGUCGUGUAAUUAACGAUCUGUGUCAAUAAUCUGCAUUGGUCCUCCGCAGCCUGUGUCAAGCUUAUGUAGAAAAUGAAAUCAGUGCUCUUAAUGUUAGUUUACCUAUUUUGAGAGCUAAUUUACCUUUUGUGGAUGCAAAAUAUGAUUUAGUCUGAUGAAAUUUACUUACAGGACUUUGUCUUUGUUGCUUGCAACUCUGUCUAAUAGUGUGUUAUGAAAGCUAUUGCUGAAAUGCUAUUGCACUGGUCACUACCUUUGUGACCCAAUGUACAUAUUCCCGGUCCUCACCUGCUGCUUUUGUUAAAUGUGAAAAUUUGAAGCCAGCUCCACAAAAAAAAAAAAAAAAAAAAAAAAAAAAAAAGAGGCAGUUUUAGUUUAUCUGCCAAAAUGCAUGUUCUGGUUUUCCUGUGUUCAUCCAUACCCUUCAGGAUGUUAGAAACUGUACUGGACGUAUGGUGUUACCAGCAGAGGAUUUUUAACCAGGCUGAACCCAAAGUAACAGAUUUUCAACGAUCAAACAUUUCAUCCAAAGAAUAUCUGAAGAUGACAUCAUAAAAAUCUCUCUCUAUCAGUAUAAACCAGAAGAUCAUUUUUUUAUAAUAUCCAUACUUUUAACUAUUUAUAAAAAGUGUCUGCACCUUACCACAUUGUGCUGGUAGUGCUGUCUAAGAGUCAUGUUUUGAUUAGAGAGGUAUUGUAUGAUUUAAAUUUUAUGUACAGUAGAGCAACAAAAUAACUUUAAUGGUAAUGAACAUCCAACUGCUCAUGUAAAAUGAAAAGGUUGGUUAAUUAGGUUACAUAUAAAUUUAAAUGCAUAGUUUAUUGGUAUGUAGCUAACUAUGGAAUUACAAUAUCAUGAUGCAAAUAAUUUAAAACUGUGAAGAUACAUUUAUUUUAAAAGACGUAGUAUAGUUACUUUAUUUUCUUAUGAAGUACAUUUAUUGUGAAAUCCUUGUCUGCUAUUUUGUGUAUCAGACAUUAAAAAAAAAAGUCAUAAUGUAAUUUGUACAUGUCCUUGCGUUUGCAAAAUGUCAUUGCUUUGACAAACUAAAACAAACAGUGACAAGGAUAAAUCAUGUCAUUGUCAUUUUGAAGAUUGGACCUGAUUACUUGCAAUGUCUACAGUUUACCCUACAAUGAUUUGUGGGUUUUUGCAAAAGCAAUACUUGGCACAAAUAUUUCCAUGCUAAUAUGUACCAUGUAAGUUUAGUGCUCUCUUGUCUGACCUUUAUUAGUCAUGCAAAGCAUGAACAGUUCUCAAUGUAGCCUCUGACCUCUUUGAAAAUAAUUCACUAGGGCCAAAUGUAGUGUCAAUGGGUAUGUAAAAGCUGUACACCUCCUCACAUAGAAAGUGACUUGCUCAGUGUUUCCUGGCUUCAGCUUUUUCUGCUUCUGGCUGUUUUUCCAAUCUCCACUAAUGCACACCUUCUGACAUCUCUAUUAGACAAAACCUGCAUGAUUUUACUGGAUCAGAGUCUAACGGAAUUUGUUGGCGGUUAUUAUUUCACUUAAUUGAAACAUUGUACAUUGUACAAAAGAUAAUAUAGAGAAAUAUCUAUAGAACUUGGUGUAAAUAUAAGGGAUGUGGUUGAGUUUAACAAUCAAAACAAGAAUGUUACACUUUUGCUACAGUGCAGUUGUUUAAUGACUUGCAUUUGUGUACAGCCAAUAGAAAUGACCAUGAUAGACCACUGUGUUGCGUCAUCAUUAAAAUUUCUGUGAUAAGCUGUAAGGUUUGUUUGUUUGUUUGAUUGAUUGAUUGUUUGACUGACUGAUACCUUGAAUGAUUAGAAUAGAGCUUUUUAUGUCAUUUCAUUGAGAGUGUAAUGAUUAACAUUGUAUACUGUCCUGUUCAUGUAAAAAGGUUUUGGUUAGAGUAAUGAUAAAGUUGAUAAGCCCUUUUAUUUUAUUUUUAAGCUGUCAUUUAUAUGAAAAAAUUGAAACAUUCAUUAUGCAGAAUUCCCAGGUGAUGUCAAGAACAUGAGUGUGAUGCUUUCAGAUAUUUAUUUACUAGAAUAACAGCUGGAGUGGUUGAUCUUAUUAAAUGGCACCACCUACUGGAGAAUUUGAUAGACGUUAAAGGGAUAGUUCACCCAACAAUGAAAAUUCUCUCAUGAUUUACUCACCCUCAUGACAUCCCAGAUGUGUGUGACUUUCUUUCUUCUGCAGAACACAAAUGAAGAUUUUUAGAAGAAUAUUUCAGCUCUGUAGGUCCAUACAAUGCAAGUGAAUGGUGGCCAGAACUCAGAAGUGGCUAAAAGCAAAUAAAGGCAGCAUACAAGUAAUCACAUGACUCCAGUGGUUAAAUCUAUAUCUUCUGAAGCAAUAUGAUAGGUUUGGGUGAGAAACUGAUCAAUAUUUAAGUCAUUUUUUUGCUAUAAAUCUACACUUCCACUUUCACAUUCAGCCACCUACUGUUUGGGGCUGG